GGGCCGUGGCGGAAGCGGGGCGGGGCGCGGCCUCUUUGGUGCUGGCGGCCGGCGAAGAUGACGAAGGGUACCUCGUCGUUUGGUAAGCGACGAAAUAAGACACACACCCUGUGUCGUCGAUGUGGGUCCAAGGCGUACCAUCUGCAAAAAUCGACUUGUGGGAAAUGUGGUUACCCUGCUAAGCGUAAGAGAAAGUAUAACUGGAGUGCAAAGGCCAAAAGACGCAACACCACUGGUACUGGUCGCAUGAGGCACCUGAAAAAGGUCUACCGUCGGUUCAGGAAUGGAUUCCGUGAGGGAACCACACCGAAGCCCAAGAGAGCAGCUGUUGCAGCCUCCAGUUCAUCUUAAAGACUCAUCUAUUUGUUAAAAUAAAUGGUCUUAACCAGAAAA